GACAUGUUUGGUGGGUUGAUUCGGAAAGAAAGCUUUUCGGUAACCCAGGUAUUGAACUAAAAACUGUCAGAGAUCCAGAUGUCGUCGUUCCUCCUCCAGUGUUGAACGUUCUAGUUGGUGGCCGUGCUCAACUUCCUUGCAAUAUUACGCCACCUACCAGUGAAGAUUCCGUGUCACUAAUACUGUGGUAUCGAUCAGACAUCAACACCCCCAUAUUUACGGUGGAUUGCAGAAACGGGCCGUUGGAAAAUGCGCAGCAUUUCUCAUCAGAUUUUCUUGGUAAAAGAGCUCAUUUCGACCUACGUACAAAGCCAGCACUAAUGACAAUAGAGCCAAUCGAAGCUGAUGAUGCAGGGCGGUACCGUUGUAGAGUGGACUAUCGUUGGGGAAGGACACUCAACAACAACAUGAUAUUACAUGUCGUGGGAAGGCCCCCUCCGUCUGUGACUUGGUGGAGAGGGAUACAGCUGCUUGACAAAGAACACGAAAAGGAAGAUAUUGAAGAGGUUAUGAAUGAACUUGUGAUACAACGUCUUGCUAGGACUGAUCUCAACGCUGAACUGCUGUGUCAAGUGUGGAACUCGAAUCUCACGUCCUCAAUUAUUGCCGCCGUCUUCCUUGACCUCAACUUGAAGCCGUUAGACGUACGACUUAUUUCAUCUGAGAUUCACUACAAGGCUGGACAAAAAUACAUUUUUGAAUGCAGGACUACAGGAUCGAGGCCAGAGCCCCAUAUAUCUUGGUGGAAAGAUUAUGUUCUUUUAGAUAAUAACCAUACCACUCUUACUCACCAGUCUAAUAUAAGUGUUGGCACACUAGAGAUAAACUUUACUGGCUCUGACCACGGAAAGAAUUUAACCUGUCGAGUUAUUAAUCCAAUAAUAGACAAUAGCGGCCUAGAAGAUGUUAUCACGUUAAAAGUGUAUUAUAAACCACAAGUUUCUGUGUUUCUUCAAGGCGGUCGUACGUUUCAAGCUGUGCACGAGGAUGACGAUGCAUAUCUUGAUUGCAUCGUGAAAGCAAAUCCUGUAAUCAGUGAGAUAACGUGGAACUUCCAAGGAAACAAGCUGAAGAGCAACUCUAAAGAUGGAAUAAUCAUUAGUAAUCAUUCUCUUACACUGAAAAAAGUUGGUCGAAAACAAAGAGGCUUUUAUAGCUGUUCGGCUAGAAAUUCAGAAGGCCAAGGAAAUAGUGACGAUAUUGAACUGAAGAUUAAAUAUAAACCUGUAUGUACACAUAGGCGUGCGAAGUUUUAUACUGCUAUGAUUGGAGAACUUGUAAGAAUUGAAUGUCUCGUGGACGCUGAUCCUGACGACGUUACAUUUUUUUGGAGAUUUAAUAAUUCCAGACAUGAUAGAGAAAUUCUCACACACACUCGAUUUGGAUUAAAAAGUGUGGCACGUUUCUCACCAGUAGAUGAAAGUGACUUCGGAACGUUUACCUGUAAAGGAGAAAAUUCUGUCGGAAUGCAGAAAGAUGGCUGUAAAUACAUACUUGUUUCAGUCGGUCCUCCUGACCCGGUUAUUAACUGCACUUUGACGAACGAUACCAGGGAUUUUCUUCUGGUUGAAUGUAAGCCAGGUUACGAUGGGGGUCUCAAACAAUACUUCCAGAUGGAGGUUUAUGAUGUAAAUCGGAAACAUCUCGAAAUCAACAUGACAAGUCACAGUAGACCAGUUUUUGAUGUAACUAACGUGACCCCUGGAACAUCUUUGAUUUUGAUGGUUUACGCCAUUAAUGACAAAGGGAGAAGUUCUGUCGUAGAGAUGAAAGUUCAGACAAGUUUAUUCGCAGAACGUCAGUUUGGUAAUUCUCCAAGUUCACCUUUAAAAUCUGUAUUGGGCAUUUUGUUUGGAGUACUGGCUGGUGUAAUCAUAAUGGUUAUCACAAUUGUUUUCGUUUUUCGACUCAAGCAUAACAGAAGGGAGAAGGAUCUUUCUGGUGAAGAGCAUAUCAAAGAAGAAAGGCCCACUAUAUCAAGAGGUGAUGACAUUGUUGAAAAAUCUACAGCUUCGGGCGAUCCAGACCUUAUUCCUUUACAGCCGCAAUCAUUGUUUGUGAUCACACCGUUGCCAGUAGAUCCCCCUGAGGUUACGGGAAUACGAACAUUGGCUCAUACAGACAGAAAAGCAGACUUUUUAACAGAUGUUGAAGAACAGGAGGACAUAGUGGAAGAAACUUCUACCAGUGUAAUAUAUAUACAGGAACAGGAGUUAUAUAACGGAGAAUUCCGAAUCAGAACUCCAGUGUGAUUGUAGAUUUUCCAGAAAGGGCCCAAGAAAAUGAAGAUAAAAAGGGAUUACCGACAGAAUCAUGGAAAUUUUGCUAAACUUCAUCAUCAGUCCUUAUCUGUUUUUCGUGUUUCAUCUGUCAUUGUUUCCAAGAUUCUUCUGGUUGGGUCGUACUAUAAUCAGGCGAGUCGUUCUAGUCAGUGUUACUGUGCCUUCUCUCAGAAUUCGGUAUAUUGUCUUAAAUAAUAUGUUUAGUAUUUCCAGAUUUGUUUUCAUAGUAAAUUAAAAAGAAAUGGUUUACAA